ACCUGGGACACUCACUCGCGGGGCACCGUGCGGCAUCGCGAAAUUACUUGAAUUUGAAAUGUCGACGUGUGACGUGUAGUUUGCUUUAACAAGUGGAAAAUUCUCAAGAUGGAAUAUUUCAAGAGUAGUUUAAAGUCCGUUUUAGGCACCGCUCCCGCUGGCACGCAACCUACUGGUGCCGAUACGGUGGAAAAGUUAGUAGACAGAUUACAGUCGUCCACUUUACUCGAUGACAGAAGGGAUGCUUGUCGUGCACUCAAGGCAUUAUCCCGCACAUACCGUGUGGAAGUGGGUGCUCAAGGGAUGGAUGCGCUGUGUCAGGUCUUGGAAAUGGACAGGACAGAUUGUGAGAUAAUCGGUUUAGCUCUGGAUACUCUGUGCAAUAUAACAAAUCCUGAAACAUUUGACGAAGAAGAAGUGGAUAAGCAUGAUUCUAAGAACAAAAUAGGGGAACAGUUCACAGAAAUAUUCAUCAAAGAUCCAGAUAGUGUCGGAUUAGUAUUGGCAUUUCUCGAGGAAUUUGAUUUUCGUGUUAGAUGGCCAGCACUAAAGCUGCUAACAUAUUUAUUAGCAAAUAGAUCUAAAGACAUCCAAGAGAUCAUUCUGGUCAGUCCCAUGGGAGUCUCUAAAUUGAUGGAUUUGCUGAGUGACAGCAGAGAAGUUAUACGUAAUGAUGUUUUAUUGCUGCUCAUCCAAUUAACGAAAGGCAAUGCAAAUAUACAAAAAAUAGUAGCGUUUGAGAAUGCAUUUGAUCGAAUAUUCGAUGUUAUCGAACAAGAAGGUAACGCAGAUGGUGGUAUUGUCGUGGAAGAUUGUCUCUUGCUGAUGUUAAACCUUCUUAGGGGAAACGUUAGUAACCAAAACUUUUUCAAAGAAGGUAGCUACAUUCAGAAAUUGACACCGAUGUUUCAAAUACCAAAUGAAGUAGAGGAUAACAAUCUCAGUUCAUGGAGCCCACAGAAGGUGUCUAAUGUUCAUUGUAUGGUGCAAGUUAUACGAGCACUGGUAGCACCAAGUGCUCCUGCUCAGGCGGUGGCUGCUUGUCAACGAACCAUGAGGGCGUGCGAAUUAUUGCAAGCAUUGUGCGAUAUACUAAUGGCAAGUGGAGUGCCCGCAGACGUAUUAACAGAAACAAUUAACACUGUGGCAGAAGUAAUAAGAGGGAAUGCUAGUAAUCAAGAAUUCUUAGCGAGUGUCAUGGCACCAAGUAUUCCACCAAGGCCGGCUAUUGUUGUUUUACUGAUGUCCAUGGUAAACGAGAAGCAGCCAUUCAUUUUGCGAUGUUCAGUAUUAUAUUGUUUCCAAUGCUUCUUGUACAAAAACGAAGUGGGACAAACGCAGUUGAUCCAGACCUUAUUACCUCAAGGCAAUGAAGCACCGUCGCUAACUACAGGACAGUUGCUGUGUGGCGGAUUGUUCUCUACCGACUCUCUGUCGAAUUGGUUCUCGGCUGUGGCAUUAUCUCAUGCCUUGAUCGAAAACAUAAGUCAAAAGGAGCAACUGUUGAGAGUACUCCUCGCAACCAAUAUCGGGAAGCCACCGGUGACGCUUAUGCAACAAUGUGUUAUGUUGUUACAGCAAGGUAACAAGACGCAGUGUAAAUUGGGCCUGUUGAUUUUACUUUGCCGGUGGACCUCGUAUUGCCCGCUCGCGGUCAAGUCGUUUCUCGCUAUCGACUCUUCAGUAGCAUAUUUGACGGCCCUUUUAUCAUCGCAAGAAAAUAACGAAGACUUACAAGAGACCUUGCUGCACAGUAUGUGUGCUUUACUUAUCGGUAUUUGUGUACACUUCAACGAUGAUAGCGUACCUACGUACACGAAGGAAAAAGUAUGCAAUUUAAUUGAGAAUAGAAUAGGUUUGGAGAAAUUUCAAGAUGCGAUCGGCGGUAUUGCCAGGCAUGAGAUAUAUUCCAGGACGUUGAAACAUCCGCAGCCUUCAGCCAAGAAACCGUCUGAACUUUUACUGGAUCACGAGUUUUGCAGAUUGCUGAAAAGUUUGGAAGGUGUUGUAAUAAAAUCAGUGAUAGAUGCUAAUAGUGAACAUCAGAAUAAAAAUCAGUUAUCCAUGAUGAGUUUAUCCGACAGCACACUGGUUUCACAGUACAAGGAUCUUAUCAGGGAGCAGGAUAUACAAAUUCAACAACUGAAGCAACAGCUGAAUCAAACUCACGAUUCUCUUACAAAAAGGAACGAAGAACUCAACACAGAAGUACAAACGCUUCGAUCGACUGUUAGUCAUUUACGAGACCAGAAUUUAGUUCUUCGAGCUGCACAAUUAAAUAUAGCAGACGAAAAGGAAACUGCUGCUUCCAGUAACGAUGUAGAACACUUGGAGAAGGAACUACAAACGUACAAAACGAUGGUUGCAGAUUUAGAAAAUCGUUUAGCGGAAUAUUCACAUGUGGUACAAGAGCGCAAAGAGAAAGGCAAUGAGAAGAAAGAAUCGGAAGAUUCUAGUCGAAUACAAGAGUUGGAGUAUCAAUUAAAAUUAAAGACAGAGGAAAUUGAUAAAUUGAAGAAGGACCAAGAAGACCUUUUAGAACUUUUGACGGAUCAAGAUAGUAAAAUUACGCGAUAUAAAGAAAAAUUGGUCGAAUUAGGAGACAAGGUCGAGUCUGAUGAAAGUUCCGGUGAACCCGACACAGAUGAUCAACCAGAAUCAAGUAACUGAAAUAUUCCAAUCCAUGUUUCCUCAGCUAAAUUAAUAAGAAGAUUCUGCUUCUAACAAGUCCUGUUUUUCUAAGAUUUUAUCUUGCGUGUCAUAAAUAUAUAGUACGAAAAUGUAGGAUAUAUUUACAAGACAUACAUAUAAUAUGUGUUGCACACAAUUAGAAGUGAAUGUUAUUCUCGCUUUUAGAAAUAUUUUAAAUGAAUAUUAAAUAUUUUUUGAGCGAAAGACUGUAACUAUAACACUUUUGUAAUUCUGUACAAUUAUGUUCUAAUAUAUAUAUAUAUCCAGAUGCUCAAUGAACUUGUUAACUAUGAUGUAAUUACUAUAGAAACGUAUCAUGUUAAUAUUGAGAUAUCAACACUAGAAAAACUGUCCGACAUUCCUGUAAUAUGUUCAACGUAAUGUUCGUACAAUCUGAAAGAUAUUUAUAGAAAAAUUAUCCAACGAGAAAAUAAAUUUAUUGUAUUUAUUUUAAAUAACUUAUUUUCUCCUAUAUUAUAGCUAUGAUUGUACAAUUUUACGGGACUAAUAAGAUUAACAUUCGCAAAUAUCCCAUUUUCAGUACUGUUUAAUAUACAGACCUU